UUCAUCAUCCGCGCUUAGGCGAGCGCUGCAAGUUUGUGCGCGAUGCAGGCAGACAAGGCAGAGCCUGCAGCUGCUGCGGCGGCCCCCGCCGCCGCCGCCGCCGGCGGCAAGUCGCCGAGCAUCUGCGACAGGCUCCAGAGGGCCUUCCAAACCCGUCCUCCAGCGUUCCGUCCCCUCCGCCGCCUCACCGUCCGCCACCAGGACGGCGGAGGAGGAGGAGCUGACAAGCCUGCCGGUGCCGGUGAUGGAGCCACCAGCGCUGCGCCUGGCGGGCCUGCCCCUAAGGCUAAGCACAGCGGCCCGCCACUGCCAGCCGCGCCGCGGCCACUAACGCCGUCGCCGGCUCCGGUUGGCGUUGGCGGCGCUACCUCGGCCCCGGCCAUAGCACCGCAGGCUGAGCAGCAGCGGCCGGUUCCCGUGCGCUUACCAGCCGUCACCAGUAAAGUGGCGGCGGGCAGCGCGCUAACGGGGCCGCCGGUGCCUGUGCCACCGCCGGACGUGAUGGCGGGAAUGGCGACACCGGCGGAUGCCAAGGCCGGGGACAUAGGCCAGCAGACCAAAGGGAAGUCCAGGGUUCGUCAGUUGCUGUCGUCCAAGUAAUAGAGAGAUGAACAGGGUGGGAUUUCGGAAGAAGGUUGAUCCUAAUGGUGUAUGCAGCAGCUAGUACGUGUUCCUUCCAUAACGUUGGUAUCGUAGCAAAGUCCGUGGAAUACGAAUGAACAAGAAGCCCGUCAUAUGAUGAUUAAUUAGGCCCGAAACCGUUGUUGCCAUCCACACGGAGAAGACCACACUUUGUUACAAAAUUAAUUAUGAGUAUCAAAGAAGAAGUUUUAGUGAUCGAUUUCCUUAGAACUUUUA